UUUAUUUAGUGUUUAGAGCUUUCCUUUUGUUGAAUGAUAUUACGCAUAUUAAUUGAAAGCUUGACGUAGCUUCUAGUGCAAUUGUUUUCGAACAUAUGAGGAAGAUAAAAUUAGCGAAUGGCAUGGCGACGGCGCUUUUGUCAAAAGAACAGCUGAUUGACCAAAAUAAAACAGGCGAUUGAUAAAAGUGGAGACAAUGCAACUGACGGUGGCUGGAAAACAAGCAACCCUAAGCUCAAAAUAGGGUGACAACAGAAAAAACAAAGAAAAUCCCCACUGCCAGCGACGUCAUCGUCAUGGCUUUGGCCAGCGCAGCGGGCGCUCUGCUCAAACCACAAACGCCGCUCCAGCAGCUGCUCGAGGACAUUAACUUUCAGCGCACCAAGGAGAUGCGACAGCUGCUCAAAGAUGAUGGUGGCUUUGUGGUGCUGCAGGGCACUACCUACUGGACGGAUUUGUUUGUGCGUCAUUUUCUAUUCCAAACGGAGCCCGUGCACAGCAUCGACUCGGAUGAUUUGCUUUUCUUUGUGCGCAAAAAGCACGUGAAGAGCUCCUCGCGCCACAUGCCAAAAUAUGAGACUGAAGUUGAGGUAUUUCGCAAGGAUUCACGCAAGUUGCCCAUUGGGGAUCCGGAUGUGGACUGGGAAGAGACCGUCUACCUAAACAUGGUCAUACAUCAGUUCGACUACACGUUAACAUUGGCCAUAUGCACUAGAACCUCGCCCAAGGAGCUGCAGGUGCUGCGGCGGCACUCGCAGCGCGUCUAUGCCAGUCCCAGCCGCCGAAAGAUGGACACCAAGGGCGAGGGCGAGGAGAUUACUUACCCACACAUAUGCUUUAUGGUGGACAAUUUCGAUGAGGUGUUCAGCGAUAUAUUGGUGCGUGAUGGUGAAAUGGUGUGCGUCGAACUGGUGGCCAAUGACAAAGAUGGCGCCGUUCAGGGCGUUAUUUUUCUCGGCUCCAUACGCUACGAUGCGCUAAAAAAGGUGUAUGAUGCCAGACAAUCUAGUCUGAGCUCCAAGGUGGCGCAGCGCAUGUCUUUUGGCCUGUUUAGCAGCGGCGCUGGCGUACAGACACGAUGCGAAUUUGUGCGCAUGAAAGGACCACAGGGCAAAGGUCAUGCCGAGAUGGCAGUGACCAAACCCAAAGGCUCCGGCGUUGAAACGCCUACCAGCGAGCCGGGCUUUUGUGCGACAGACAUGUGGGACGAAUGGGAAGAGGAGAACGAUGAUUAUUGCACGUACCGACACCAGCGCCGGCUCAGCGAUCCCAGCGCCAAUCUCAAUAAUUUCUCACGCUACGGCUGGCGCACCAAGAACACAAACCAGGACAUGGUUAGCAGCGGCACCAGCGCCAGUGCCGGCGCCAAGGCGCGCUCCGAAAACGAAGGCCUCGACACGCUGGCCAACGAAGUAUCCGAAAUCGAGGCAGGCGAUUUGCGGGAUGAUCAGCAACGUCCUGCUUUCUCGGCCUCCGCAGCAAAACUGCAUACAAAUCCAAAUUGUGAAACGCUCAAAUUAGCAGCUGGCGAGCCAGACCAAACGCCACUUGCCACAAACUCUCAGCCAGUUGCGACUCAAGCCGGCGAGUCCACGGCCAGUGCUGUCACAGCCGUCACACCGCCGCCGCUCAGUGCGGCCGUUGAGGUGACGGUGGGCAGCGCCGGCUCCGGCGACGAUGUGGGCAACAGCAGCACGGGCUGCAAUUGCUUUGGUGGCGGCAAGAAGUGCAAGAAACGCUGGACCUCAUCCGCGAACAGUGCCAACGACACGCCCGAAAUGUCCGAGAUAUACUGUCCCAGUUGCGAGGAUGCGGCUAACGAGACGCCCGCCUGCCUUAGCAAAAUGCCGGACAAGCGGCAGACCAGGCUCAAGCCCAAGCCACCCAGCAUAUUGUGCGUGGAAAGCGAGUUGGUGGUCGGCAAGCGGGGCAGCCUCCGGCUCAGCGAUGGCAAACGCAAGGGCAACAACAUUACACGCAGCGUAUCCUUGAGCGCCGCAGAUCGGCGAACGAGUGUGCCAAUGCCCAGAAAGGUGACGCCAACGCGUGUGCGCCUGGUCAAAACCAAGGAGCUGGAUAAGGGCGAGGAUAAGGAUAAGGAGAACGAUAAGAAAUCGUCGAAUCAGAAAACAAAUAGUGCCAGCAAUUUGCUGGCCAAGAUGUCACCCAAAAGGCUGCGCAAUGCCAAGGCCAGCGACAAAGAAAAGGAAAAGAGUAAGGACAAGGAUAAAUCCAAAAUCGCUGUAAAGUCCAAAACUGGCAGCAGCAACAAUAACCAUGUCAAGGCUACAACAGCUCCAUCCAAAACGGAGGAGUAUGAAAUUGCGGAUGAUGCUACUUCCCUAAAUGGCGAAUCAUUGGAUGCCGGCACAUGUGCAGCUGCUGGCGCCGCCAAAAUAGCCAUACUCAGCGAAAGCGACAGCAAACUGAUGAUUAGCGUGCGCGGUCGCGAAGAGCUGCCCGUGGUGGAGGAGCAAGCCCCGACGCCAUCGCCAUCGCCGCCCGUUAUGGCGCCGGCGCAACAUUUUGUAAAGUGUUUACGUGUACCUGUGAAAUCAGAGAGCCAUCCAUUGCAGCUGUCAUCGGACAGCGCAAACAACGAUAAUAUUGUGGAGCCGGAGUCGGAGCCGGAGCCGGAGCUGGAACAGCAGCCCCUGCUCAAUGGCGAGGCGGAUGCGGCCAAUGGCAACCAAACGGCAGCCAGUAGCGCCACAUUGCCUCGCACCGCCAAGCAAUCCUACUACAACAAGGUGCUGCAUCUCGUGCCCAAGCGUCGCACACCGGACGGCACCAAUAUCUACUACUGGUGCGAUCUUCCCAAGAAGGCGCUCAAAGAACUGGACGAUGGCGCCUAUAAUCCUCUGUGGACCAGUCGUGGCUUUACGCAAUCCUUUCACUUCUGGAAGGAGAAUCGACGACAACAGUCUACGCCGCUCAACGCAUUUCUUACCUAUGUCACUCUGCCCUGGUGGAGCAUUGCCAAGGAUCUUUUGGAUCAUCGGGAGACGCCCAUACUGACUUUUUAGUAUUAGACCCGCUCGAUGCUUGUGAUUUGCUGCUAAUCUAUGCUUUAAAGUAUUAUAUAUCUCCAAUUUAUUAGUUCUCAACUUCUGGCAAAUCAUGUGAUCUGUUUUACGUACAUUAAACAAAUAUUUAUAUAUAUCUCAGAUGGCAGCCAAUCUAUGGCUGCUCCAUUCAUUAUAGUUUACUUUUGGUUCACCUUGACCAAUGCCAACGCCCGCAGCUAAGUUGAGUUUCCUAAGCUAUGCCACUUUCUGUUUGACUAGGGCAUUAUUAGAUAUACUAACUAUAUAUGCGAUAUACUUAUGUAUGUGUGUGUGUAGCAUGUUUGUAUGUAAAUGCAGCGCUGAGCCAACCUACAAAUUUAUAAACUACUUAUAUAGAUAUUAUAAAUAUAUACAUACACCUACUAAAACGCUGCAUUUUGAGGUUAUAUUAAAGAAUUGUUACCAAAAAUAAAAACGAUAUGUAUGUAAUAAUGCGAUUUGUAAAUUAUAUGGCAACAUUUAUACUAUAUACACAUAUAUAUAUAUUUAUAUAUAUAUAUAUGUAUAUAUUUAUUAGAAAAGAGCGCAA